CUUAAAAUAUUAGUUCAAUAAUUACCUUAAAAGCAACUUAAAUUAUUAAUUUAAUAAUUACCUUAAAAGUGUGAGUGACAGUAUGUAACACGCAAUUCUUAGAAAGUGAUCAAUUUCGUAAAGUGAUAUUAUUGUUACAAUAAAAUUAAUUUAAAUAAAAAUAUGAUAUAUGAAUUGUAUAUGUGCCUAUUUAUUAGUAUUGCAUUACGUGUAUAAUUGUACGAAGAACGUGAAAUGUGGAAGAUUGACUAUUUAAUUUAAAAGUAUUGAAGUUAUAGUUUAUUGAAUUACAGUGUAAAAAGAAUCUCUUUUAUAAUGAAGAACGAAAAGAAAAUGAGUGGGGAAGGAGUUAAAGUAGUUCCUCCAGAUGGAAACUGGGGGUGGAUGAUAGUCGUGGCGUAUGCAUUAAAUGGGAUGUGCACGGUAUCUCUUAUGCAAGGAUUCGUAUUAGUAUUCAAAGACACGUUUCCACUUUUUGGUUUCAAUGCAACAGAAAGCACAAUUAUUAUUAAUACAAAUUUAGCGUUUGGUAUGAUACUUGGAUUGACCAAUGGCCCACUACUGCGGACCUUUGGAUACAGGAAAAUGGCUGUGAUUGGUAGUUUACUUUAUAGUACUGGAGUAAUUAUGACAACGUUUGCAAGAUCAUUCACUCUCCUCAUAAUCUGCUAUGGAAUAUUUGCUUCACUGGGUACGUGUAUAACGAUGUCUGCCUUUUCGUACGCACUGAAUUCUUAUUUUACAACGAAAAGGGGACGAGCAAUAUCUUUAGCAUUAACAAUUAGCGGAUUUGGUCCUAUAAUUGUACCCCAAAUAACUACGUUCUUGGUUUCGUACUAUGGAUCUCAGGGUACAAUAUUAUUAUUUGGAGCAUUCAGUUUACAUUCCUUGAUGGGUAGCUUGCUACUUCGCCCUCUGAAAUGGUAUACAAAAAAUGUGACAGAUGAAUCGAAUACAACGAAUGAAGUACAAUUAACUAAUGAAAAAGAAAAUAAAAACAUAGACGAGAAAAGUAAUAUUCCGGACGAAGUAAGUCUAAAAGCUUCGGUAUUGGAUUUAACGGAAAAUGUACCACGAAGAAGGAACAUGACUAUUUCGAGCAUCGAUCAUGAUGCUGAAAUUGGAAGCAUAUACGGAUAUGACACAAUAUCAUACGUUCGGCAAUUAUCAGAAACGCCAAGUGAACAAGAUGUAUACAGAAGCACUGAAGAUUGUCGCGCGGCAAAAGAGCGUAAAGUAGCUCGUCUUAAUAAACGAUAUAAAAGCAUCGAGACGAUUAAUCUUGGUAGCAGUAUUAAAAUUUUUGAAGGGAAGCCUAACUCUUCGGUGAAAUACAAUAAUUUAAAUAGUCGUGAAGACGAUUAUGAUACGCUAAAUACAACGGAAAGUAAUACUUUGCUAGAAGAAAAUAAUACUAAAAAGAUGGAUAGUGGAACUGAUUACAAAGAAAAGACUGAGAAGACAAACAAGUGCCGAAUAUUCAAGAUAAUAACAGAUUUAUUCGAUCUCGAUCUACUACGAGAUCCAAUCUACGUAAAUAUGAUGAUAGGAAUGUCUGUGGCUAUUUUUGCUGAAAUCAAUUUCUCUCAGUUAACACCAUUUAUUUUGUCGGAUAUGAAGUUCACAAAUAAUCAAAUUGCGACCGUAAUGAGUACCAUUGCCAGUGUCGAUCUCGUCUUUAGAAGUAUUUCUCCUUUCGUUGGAGAAUGGCUCCAUCAACCUCCAAGGAUAAUGUACAUGUUUAGCUUGUGCCUUUUAAUUAUUAGCAGAACAGCUUUAAUAUUCACCAAGGGAUUCAUCUCAGUAAUAAGUGUGGCUGUAGGCUUGGGAAUAGCUAAAGGUUUUCGUUCAGUUUACAUGAGUUUGGUGAUUCCAUCGUACGUGCCAAUUCACAGAUUACCGAAUGCUUCAGGAAUUCAAAUGAUAGUAAAUGGAGUGAUACUUCUUUCUGCUGGACCAAUGCUAGGUGUGAUGCGUGAUAACGUCGGAAGCUAUACACCUAGUUUAAUCACCAUAAACUGCGUUACAGCACUUACAGUGAUAAUAUGGUCAGUAGAAAUGUCAAUCGUCCGAAGAAAAAAUUCACAGAAAAAAAUAGCGCAAGAAGAAUGCUGAUAUAACAGAAAAAUUAGUUAAAAUUCAUUUUCUAUUUAUGUGUACCAUCAACUUUCCAUUUCAACAUCAACAGGUCUAUUUAUUAGAAAAGUAUUAUGUAAGGACGAGAAUAGAAUAAAAAAAUAUUAUUUUAAGUAGCAUUGAAAGUUCUGUGUAUAAAUGUAAUAAAUCAUAGUGUACGUGUGUUUUACUGAUAUUAUUAUAAAAUAUUAGAAAUUUUUGUACAAGACGUUGUU